GAAAAAUUUGUUGCAGAUAUGUCUUUCUCUUUAGGAACUCAUUAUUGAUUUGGAUACCCAUAGUUACUGGGACCAAGUACGAGGCCAAAAGCUCUCAACUUUGUUUGAUUUUCUGGGAGAUUUUCGAUCAAUUUGGUUUUCUUUUGUUGCUGACCCAGAUGGUUUCCUGCUAGGAACUGUGUCUUGGUUCCUGACUCCUAUCUUCAGGCUUAUGAGUUAUCUGUAAAGUUCAGUUGAACUUCUUUGAUCAAUGAAGAUGCUGCUGGUUUUCUAGCAGGAACUAGUUGCCAGAGGUGGUGUCAGUGGCAUAUUGAUCAAUGAAAGUAUGCAUUAUUAGUGUUUUUAUCGGAUAUGAGUAGAUCUCCUUCCUUUAAAGUCAGAGAAGAACUUCUUCCCAGUCUUGAUCCUGAGUCUUUACAGAGAUGGAUAGUUGGCUUUUGUGUUAUAAGGUUUGAUCUUGAACAAGGCCAGCUUGUAGAAGUAUGUUAUCCGCCUGGCUGUCUUACGAAUGAUGAAGAGCUGGAGAUUGCAUAUAGUUCGUUUCCGGAUUCCAUUUCCCAGCAACAAAACCGCUCAAGCAUUCAUGAUUGUAUCUUCUUUUUCCGAUUUCGUAGGCACCUCAAAUCUCAAUCCAUAGAUAAAAAUAAUGUUGGUGAAGAGUUAUCCAGUACAAGCAGUGCUAAUGUUUCUAAAUACAUGUAUGGUUUUGUCUUUAAUAGACAGAUACAUGAUGAGAGGCUAAAGCGAGGAGGGGAGCAGAAGUCUGUGGUCGUUUUGUCCCACAGUCCUUAUUCAAGUGUGUUUAGACCUUUAUUACAGAUUAUAGGUCCCUUAUAUUUUGACUUUGGUAAGGUAGCACUGGAGCAUAUUGCAGCUUAUGUUUCAGCAUGGCCUGCUCCUGUUCCUGGAAAGCUAAUGGAUCUUCCGAUUGGGAAUGAAACCAUUAAAGUGAACUUGCCACCUGUUCACUGCUUGCCUUUGGAAAAUGGAUUAUCUUUUGAUGAGUCUGCUUCUCCUGUGGCACCUUUACUUCCUAGUAAUCAGUCUAUUCCGCAGGGCCUUUUUCAUGAUGCAGAUAUUUUUGGUGCUUUCCGUGGCAUCUUAUUGCAGCUUUGGUUGUUAUGGGAGUUGUUAGUCAUUGGUGAACCAAUUCUGAUCAUUGCACCAACCCCUUCCCAGUGUUGUGAGGCCGUUGCCAGUCUUGUGAGUUUGAUUGCACCAUUACUUUGUAGUGUUGACUUCCGGCCUUAUUUUACCAUUCAUGAUCCUGAGUUUUCACACUUGAACUCAAUUCGGGAAGGGGAAACCUUCCCUUCAAUGGUUUUAGGGGUGACAAAUCUUUUCUUCCUUAAGGCUCUCAAGAAAAUCCCCCACAUUGUUUCAGUUGGAAGUCUCCAUCCUAGUUCAAAUAGGGUUGCCCUUUCAACUAGGUCUUCUGCUGGCAAAGUUUCUGGUAGACCUGAUGGUGGGCUUCAACAACUUUACCUACAGAGCCUACAGAAGUUUUCUCCUUCAAGUUUACUGAAUGCAAUUAAGCUGCGGAGAGAUGGUCCUCUUUGUCUCAUGACAGAACAUAAGGAAGCCAUUUGGACUACAUAUUCUGCCAUAACUAAGCCCGACACCUCUAUUUUAAAUAGGCUUGUAGAUGCAGGCAUGUCACCAAGAGUUGAGGAAUCAAUGUCAGUUGUUAACAAUGAGAUAUUACGGCGGCAUUUCUUGGAGCUCACAAUUAAUUUCUUGGCCCCUUUUGGUCCAUAUUUUAGGAUCACAGCUCCAUUGGAAGGAUCUUCUCCUUAUGUUGAUCCUCCAUCUUUGCCUCCAUUUAGUGCUGAUGAAUUUCUUUCAAGUUUAUCAACCAGAGGUCCAGGGAAGUUCAUUUUGAAGAGAAUGAAGUCUAACUGGCUCAACUUCUACAGGCGGUUCCUGAAUGGACCCAACUUCAUGCCUUGGUUUCAGAGGAGGCGUGCUGUAGCUGAACGGGAACAAGAUAGAUUGUGGAGGCAUUCAAGAAUGAAAACUGAUAUGCAACAGCUUGUAUCUAAAAUGUCUGAGUUGGAAAUUGUGGAUUCCUUCAAUGUUAUAGAGAAACUUCUGCAUAGAGAAUUGCAGCUGCAGCAACCUGGAAAUGGAGAUAUUGAUUCAACUGCAACUUGUGAGAAACUAAUGAGAGAUCUUCAAGCAGUUUUCAGUGCGCUUACAAAAGAUAUGCAACAAAUCAUGCUUUCAAAUCCAGAAAGGGCAUCCCUUCUUCAACGUAUUGUGAAUUGACAGUGCAUCCCAGUGAACAAGCUGGGGACAUGUCUUCUGCAUCGCCCAAGUUAAUGGAAAAAGCAUGAAACAGGUGGUCUUCUUAUGGUCCUUAAAUACACCCUUGAAGUCAUUGCCUCUGUCUGAGGGAACUUCUGUAACCUGACACAUCAAGGGCUAUGGGGUAACCGCAAUUUGGUUGAUCAAAUCCCCUUCAAGAAGCAGACACAUGAACUUGGCUCUUGACAAACAAAUGGAAAUUGAUUUAUUUGAAACUUGCCAGGUUGUAUGUAUUGCCUUUGUAGGUGAUAAUUGUGGCAUCAUAUUGUUUUAAUUAUGAACGACCAUACUGUAAAUUAUUCACUUCGUUUUAGCCUUUGGUUAUGAUCUCUAUUCCACGCUCUCUUCAAAUCUAAAACUCUCAAAUCUAUGCAAUGGAUUUUCUUUCAA